CACCUAUAUAUCGGGUGGCCUUUGCCGGGUGCUUCAGUCGCGGUUCAAACGUUCCGGUGAUAACAUCGAGCCUCUCCGCAAGUCUUCGAGCGGGAACUCUAGUAUAACUGUAGCCAACUUACACAGAAUAUAGCCAUGGACAAUAAGAUCGCUCUCGUCUCAGCAUCAAUUCUCCUCUUGGUCGCCGUCCUGGCUUCACACAGCGGCGUCCAUGCGAGGUCCGUUGUUCCCGAAGGUCUCCAGGAUCUCGAAAUUCCUCGUCAGGAAAGCGUGUUGUUCGCCGUCAGAAGAAAGCGGCAGGUGUUCGACGCUUCGUGCAAAGGAAUCUACGAUCGGGCACUCUGGGCCAAGCUCAACAAUGUGUGCUUGGACUGCCAGAACAUCUACAGGGGGAAUCCGGCUAUUGAGGGAGAGUGCAGGGAAAACUGCUUCGGUACACAGGUCUUCUACGGAUGCGUCAAGGCCCUGAAACUACCCACGAAAAAUUACUUAUAUUAUGCCGACCUUUUGAGAGAAAGCUAGUUUGUGGAAGCAAUUAUAACUCAAGGAACAGAAAUCGUUACAGCUGAAAAAAAUGUAUAUAUAUAUAUUUUACAUUUGCAAUCCCUCCACAAUUAUACUCAAGCAGCAACAACCGGAUUGCCAAGUUCCUCGUUAAAGAAACCACUUCCCUGUUGAAAUCUUUUCCCCGCCCGUCAGCAAAAGAAAGGUGUUUCCUGUUUACCUCGCGCAGCUAAGGUGUAGAAGUGUGGAGUGUAUUGUGUAUUGUGGAUCACUUUCCUGGAGUGGUGAGGUUGAACUGAGAGGUGUUUCUGGAGACAUUUGCGAAGGAUUAGAAGGAUAGGAAAAAUACGCAGAAGAUUGGAAAGAAUUGGAAAAUUACAGGCGAGGAAGAUGCAUGGAAAAUGGUUCUAGAAAGGAAAACGGGAAAGGUGUAUAUGAAGAUAAGAAGAUGAAAUACUGGAGAAGAGGAUAAAAAAAAAAAGAUAUAUGCGCAAGAGACAAGAGGAAUAAAGAGCAAAGAUAAGAUAGGAGAAGAAUAGAAGAGACCCAGGAGUCGAGAAGAAAGGAAGAUGGAAAGUACAGAAUACAGAAGAAAAUUGAAAAAAAAGAACGAUGGAAUAAGAUGAGUCCAAAAAAAAAAGAACCAAAGUGAACCAUUACAUUCAUUUCAUCGGAAGUGAAGAAGGGAAAAGAUGCGUGACAAUUAACACGUGAACUAUAAUUAUUAUCGGCCAUUUAUUACAAUUUCCUGUUUCCUCUUU